AAGAAGACAGCGAGCGGAUUCCUACUCCAGCACGAGAGAUCGCGGAAAUAUCUGUUGUAUCCCCGCAGCAGUUGGUUUUCUCGUCUUCCUGUCCAAAGUUUCCCUAAGUCGCUUUCUCUUUUUCACUGUCGUGUGCUGCGAACAGUUUUGGCAGAAUAGAGAGAGAAAGAGAGAGGCAGAGUCGGUAGCACAGGAAAGAAGAAAAGGCGCAAAAGGAAAAUGAGUGAAAGUGCUCUGCUCUCAUGAGUCCCUUCCUCAUUCCUUUCUUCUCGUCUGCCCUUCCACGGUCCCCAAAAGCCUCCACCCAGCAAGGAAGGAUCCUCUCCUGUUCUGGCAAAAUCUUUCUGCAGAGGCUCCGGUCUUUCCACACUUGAUCUUCCCCUGUUUUCUGGGUCUCGCCCCCUCCCCUGCUUCUUGACGAUUCUUGAUUGUGGGAGCCUCCGGGAGCUCUGAAGAACCCACCAAGUUUCAGCAUCGGCUUCUCAGUUUCACUUCCACUGUUCGGCUUCUUCCCUGUACCUGUGCAAAUUCACCUCAAAUUUCAUGCACCGCGUCCCCGAAGUUGACAUCUUUCGCCAAGCUUAGCCUUCCCCACUCGUCGAAAGCAUGUAUCUUUCGCAGGCCCGUCUUCUGGUUCCCCUCCUCUGCUUGCUCCUCCACAUUGAUCCUCUCCGCUCCUCCUCGACGCCCAUGAACUGUACGGACACAUCUCGCCUCUGCACGUCGUUUCUGGCCUUCAAGCCCGAGCAGAACGAGACUUUCGGCGUGAUCCAGUCCAUGUUCGACGUAUUGCCGGCGGACGUAACCGUGGAAAGCUCCAAUCUUGACUACGUAUUCGUGAGGAAGAACUGUUCUUGCUUGUCCACGCCGAGGAAAUACGCCACCAACACCACCUACACCAUGAAAUCCGGAGGGUAUGUCUACGACACCGUGAUUGAGGCCUACGACGGGCUCGCGCUCUUGCCGAAUUCGACGCGGAGAGCGAAGGCCGGCGCGGUCGUGUCUCUGAGGUUGUUCUGUGGGUGUUCGAGUGGUUUGUGGAAUUACUUAAUGAGUUACGUGAUGAAGGAUGGGGAUAGUGUGGAGUCAUUAGCCAGUAGGUUUGGUGUGAGCAUGGACAGCAUUGAGCAAGUGAAUGGGAUUAGUAACCCAGACAAUUUCACGGUCGGUGAUCUCUACUACAUACCCCUCAAUUCAGUUCCUGGUGAGCCUUAUCCUUUGGAGGAUGAUGUUACUCUGGCCCCUGCUCCAGGACCAUCUGUGGAGAGCAUUUCAGAUGGCAAAGAGCAUCACAAGGCUCAUGUAUCAUACGGCUGGAUAAUAGGGAGCUUGGGGAUUGGUCUUGUUGUUAUUGUAGUAUGCAUUGUUGUUUUCAUUUCAUUGAGGUCAUCAAGCUGCUUCAGCGAAGCCCAAGGAAACCGUGGAAAGGAUCAUGAUGAAAAAAGUCAACAUAAGUUUCAUAUCCUUCGGAAUCCAAGUUUCCUUUGUGGUUCAGGAAGAUAUAUCUGCUGCAAACCAGGAGAUUGGAGGCAAACCAAUGGGGAACCCAGUACUCGCCAGAUAGAUCUUCCAAAAGUUCUGGGAACUGAUGUAUUUGAUGUUGAGAAGCCUGUAGUUUUCAGUUAUGAAGAGGUCACGUCAUCAGCUGAUGGAUUCUCCGACGCUAGCCUUCUUGGCCAUGGUACAUAUGGUUCUGUAUAUCACGGAGUCUUGCAUGACCAGGAAGUUGCAAUCAAAAGAAUGACUGCUACAAAAACAAGAGAAUUUCUAGCGGAGAUGAAGGUUUUAUGCAAAGUCCAUCAUGCAAAUUUGGUGGAGUUGAUUGGUUAUGCAGCCACCAAUGAUGAGUUAUUCCUUAUUUAUGAGUAUUCGCAGAAGGGUUCACUGAAGAAUCACUUACAUGACCCACAAAGCAAAGGUCAAACAUCUCUUUCAUGGAUUAUGAGGCUGCAGAUUGUGCUUGAUGCUGCUAGAGGUCUAGAAUACAUUCAUGAGCAUGCCAAGAAUCAUUAUGUUCAUCGAGAUAUCAAGACCAGCAACAUUUUACUUGAUGGUUCCUUUAGGGCAAAGAUAUCAGAUUUCGGUUUGGCAAAGCUUGUUGGAAAAACAGGUGAAGGAGAGGCCAGCGUCACAAAAGUUGUUGGCACAUUUGGUUACUUGGCUCCGGAGUAUUUGAGUAAUGGCCUUGCCACUACCAAGAGUGACGUAUACGCAUUUGGUGUUGUCCUUUUCGAGAUCAUAUCUGGAAAGGAGGCCACAAUACGCACUGAAGGCACAGGGACAAAAAGUACAGAAAGACGUUCAUUGGUGUCCAUUAUGUUGGCAGCUCUUAGGAACACACCGGACUCCAUGAACAUGUCGAGUCUGAAAGACUGCAUCGAUCCCAAUCUGAUGGAUUUGUAUCCCCACGACUGUGUAUACAAGAUGGCCAUGUUGGCGAGGCAAUGUGUGGAAGACGAUCCCAUCCUAAGGCCAGACAUGAAGCAAGUGGUGAUCACCCUUUCUCAAAUCCUUUUGUCGUCGGUGGAGUGGGAAGCUACUCUCGCUGGUAACAGCCAAGUGUUCAGUGGCCUCGUCCAAGGAAGAUAGCUAGGGUUUCAAAAAGUCUAUAUUGGCUUGAGGCCACCUCCCUGUGACUUGUAGCCGUGCGUGUAUACAAAAUGCGGAUCCGGACGGUUGUUUCUAUACGUCCUAUUUUUCGUUCUUGUGAGUCUACUUUUUUGUUCUCCAUCUAGGUGCAUUGCCAUUCGGAAGUAUAAAUCUUUUUUGGCAGGAAAAUUAGUUCUAGUUCCAGUGUAAAUUGUAACUGUGAAGUGAGGAUGAAGUGAGGACGAAGUGCGCUGCUUAUUUUUCAAUAGAUCUGUUCUGUUUUGUUGAUGUGAA